AUGUCGAAGAUUGAAGAGAUAGACCCUCGUGUUAAAUCAUACCUCUAUGACAUUGGCUAUCAUAGAUGGUCAAGAGUACAUGCAACGGUGAAUAGAACUUGGACUAUGAUAUCAAACAUUGCAGAGUCAUUGAAUGCUGUAACAAAAUAUGCAAGAGAGCUGCCAAUAUUUGACCUGUUAGAGUAUAUGAGGACACUUCUUGAAACUUGGACGAAGGAGAAGUUAUUGAAGGCAAAGGAUACCUUCACAUAUCUUGGGUACAAAUUCAACAAAGAAUUGGAGAAAAACAAAAAUAAGAAAUGUAGCUGUGGCCAAUUCCAACUUGAAGAACUUCCAUGUGCGCAUGCUUUGGCAGCAUUAAGGCACAGGCAUGAAACAUAUGAAAACUAUUGCUCUCCGUAUUACACAAGGGAGAGCCUUCUGCGUACGUAUGAAAUACCAGCAAAUCCUCUUCCUGAUGAAAGCAAAUGGAAUGUGCAACAACAUAUUUUGGAUGAGGUAGAAUAUCCACCGACGGGAGAUAAAAGGCAGCCAGGGAGACCUCAAAAGGAAAGAUAUAAAACAUAUGAUGAAAUAAAGUCAAAGAAGUACAAAGUGCCAUGUGAAAAUUGUGGAGGUGAAGGCCAUAACAAAAGAUCUUGUAAGAAUGCGCCCAAAAAGAAAUGA